GGUAAGAUCGCUCACUACUAUAACACAUAGGUGUACACAGCUCAAUACGGGACUGCUGAAGGAAGCUAGUACCAAACGGACGGACUAAGGGAUCGAAUUGUGUGUAUUGGCGGGAAUAUAUUGACGCAGAGGCUAAUCCGUUCUGUGUACUAACACACACUGAGACCUGCUAUCUACGGGACAUGUAAGGUGGGACCUUCACAGGAAGGGUCGUCACAGCAACUCGUCCAUCAAAUGCCGUGUGUACGAGGGAACUGUCAACAAAGGAUGUGCCACCUUUGGACGGAGAGAGAUGGUCGACCAUUUCGGCUGUGAUUUACGCACUGUGUUUGGAUUCUAAUUAUUAGGAUUCGUUAAGAUGUCACGGCGUGUUGUGGAUGAAAGCUACAAUGUUUUGAAAUUCGUCAUUAAUCUUGCUCCAAUAAAUUGCAAAGCUGUUUCGAAACAAAGUUCGGCAAUGUAAGAACUAAAGAAAAGGAUGUGUGGGUAGUGAGUAUUGAACGGUGCCAAUAUUUUGUGUUUCUUUCGUUUUAAAAUAAUGCACACGAUGUCUAAGCCGAGCUUCGCCGUCCAGGCAAAAUUCAAAUUUUACACGGACGAGGAGUCUUUGGCGGGAGAAUGGAAGCAUGCGGCCAAAUGUAACGCCAGUCAGAUUACAUUUUUGGAGGGCAUUCUUCUGAAAACUCUCGACCACAAUUCGCCAUUUUUGUACGUCGACUACUCCGUGUUUUAUGGCGGGAUCAGGACGUCGGACAAUGCAACAUUCCAGGAACUGAACACGUCACUUCCGGGCAAUAACGUGCUGCGCGUGCAGAACCAUCAGUAUUCUACAGACAUACCCCCAAAGAGGGUGAGCGAGCCAGGUUGCUAUGAUGAAUUGGAAUGUAUAGCCAGAAACGAUGUGAGCCAACUUCCAAGGACACCAGUCAGCAAGGACAGUGUUUAUAUUCUAUCAUCGUUCAGAGCAACGGAACAGACUCAAAACUUGGAGAAAAUAUGGAAAAUUUGGAGUGGAGCAAAUUAUAUACUAUGGAAGUGUCCCAAACAGUUAAACAUUCGCCGGAUUACGUUCCUUCGGACAACCACCUGUACGGACCCUUUCUCCUACUUAGUGUUGUGUGAGUGUGAGGAGGGCCUCAACUUCCUCAACCACGCUAAAGAGUUCUCGGACAGGUUACGACAACGAUGGUGCGGACUUGUGGGACUUUACAAGGUUGAACGCUAUUACAUUCCUCCCAAAGAACGCAGGACGAUCUGAAAGUCACUAUUUGCAUUUUUUUCCUAUAUGAAAAAUGGUACACUAGUUGCAAUAUGUCAUUCUCUCCGCGGGUCCCUUGAUCGGAUUCGUAUCUGUUUAUAUGCAUUGUCUGUAAUGGAACGCGCCGAAUCAGUCAAAACAAACUGGUUCGCGCGGUUCGUUUUCUGAAUCGUACCACUUGAAUUCAAAAUGGCGGAACUGUGCUGUUGCACUCGUGUAUUGGUUUGAAGUAGGGCAGAAAAUCUUCCUUUGUUUAUAAAAUUGUGUAGAGUUUAUGAUAUAACUAUUUUUAGUUUUUUUAAGCAGACAACAAAUAACGGUUUCUUUUCUUUGAAGCUUAUUAUUGUAGACAGGCAGACAUUUUGGGCACUUAUGUGAGAUUCACACGAUAUGGUACUCUCUAAGGCACAUUAAUUUUACAUUAAGAUCUAAGCAUACGGUACACUUCUAAUCUAAUGUUAUAUUUGAGUCCACAUACCCAUUGACAGCCAAUUUGAUGCUCACUCCGUACAAAUAACUAAAAAAACCUUUAAAAUCCAUUUAAAGAUGAUCAUCGUCCAAGCAAAUUACAAUCAUCUGAUAUUAGAUAGUCUAUAUCCCUAAUUAAAUUUCACGUUAAACUAGGUUCCGGAAAAAGUUGUAAUUAUACAAAUAUAGAUGGAAAUCUCUGGUCGAUCUAAAUCGUCGAGGACGAGAUCAGAUGCAAAUGAGGCUCCCAUAUAAGGCACCCCAAUCCCAUAAUGCAGUGCGUUAGGAAAAAGAAAACAGUAAUUAAUAGACAGAGAGAGUCGCAAGAAGUAUUUGGGUGGAAACAAAAAAAGUGGGAAUGUCAUAAAAAAAGGUCUACUUUUUGUACCCUAUGCACUGUCCCGUAUCGCUUUUUUAUGCAUGCAUAAUUAAUUUACUUUUUCUUAAGGUCUUAAUAAAUGAAAAUCAAAUUUAAUGUCAAAACUAAAUUAAGAUAGAAGUAGGAAUGGACGUCUGGAAGCAAAAUGUAUGAAAUAUAAUGUUUUGCGACACUGUAUUUUGUUACAUGGGCGAUGAUCACCUUUAAAAUGAAAGAGUAAUCAUUAUAUAUUUACAAUAUGCUGUUUAAGCUCAAUCUCCUCGGUUGAACUGUGUUAUUCUCAACUGGAAAUCAUAAGGUCAAAAAAUUUAUUUUUUUUUGGUUCGACUUGACUUAUCUAACAUUUGGUAUUGAAAGAAGAAAUCGUGUAUGCAAUAUAUUCAGAAGAUAACCCUUCCAUGCAGAGAGAAUCAGUAAACUGUUUAUUCACAAACCUCUGUGUUAAUUAUAUAAGGUACCUAAUAUGUAAUUUGUCCUGAGUAACUUCUGUAUUGCUCUUGUGUUCUUUUAUGUAAAAAGUGCAGAAAAAAACAUAUUUGGAGUAUACUAAUUCAAUACAUUGGUUUCUUAACUCAUAAUAGUGUUAUUAGUGUUAAGGAAAUACGUGCCAAACAUUUGUUUGAUGGAGCUUUAUAGAACAACGCUAAUUUGUAUGAGGUAGAAAGACAGUACGUGUGAUGUUAAUAACUGCUUUGGCGAUCAAGGAUACGUCUUACAUUCCCCUAAUUGUAGCAUCACUCAACAGGUGGCGCCACGAUAAAUCCCCUCCUUGUAUCUCAUGUAAAGUACCAAAGCAGGAAAAACUGCAGCUUGGAACGUGUUGGAAUGUGUUUUAUAUAUCUAAUUUAAUAUGCAAUACAAACACAUUUUCGAUGAUGUGCUCAGAUAACGGAAUGGCAAAAAAUCAUCAUAUUUUAUGAUUUUGUAAUACUUUUUUCGUUUUGUGUAUAACACAGAAUUACUCUUCAGGGAACGCGUAUCAAUGUUAACAUUGUGUAUUCUUCACACAUAUGUAUUUGUUAAAUAAAACGUAGUAUGUCUGUAUGUGUAACACUAUCAAAUAACACUUCAGCAUAAUCCCCUUGAAAUAUAAUGGUAUAAUAUAGCAGUUUGAUUUAAAAGGUGUCAGAAUGGUUAAUAUACGCAUAUUUAAAUCCUGUAUGACAAAUAUACUUUGGAAUUGAUGUCAAUCAUUUUCAAACCAGACGUUUUAAAAUAAAUUGCAUUUGUUGGCGUAUUAUAUCAUGCAUUUAAUGAUUAUCGAAUCCACGUGAUGACAUGAUAUCGAAUACCGCUGUCAGGUUACCGUAUUACAGGUCGCGGACCAUGCCAUGGAAGUACAGUGUAAUUCCUUAUUUCCCUAUCAACAUACUUAGUUCCUGGUGAUGUGAGGAUAUUUGGCCAGUAACCAAAAAAACACGUGGAACAGAUAAUUUAGUUAUUAAUAGGUAGCAUGUAAAGUAUGUAGGUGUUCAACCAUGCACGUUUACCAAAUGCAAUUGCGUGAAUGUAUGUGGAAUAUCUGACGUAGAUAUGCCAACAAACACAAAAUGGACUGAAGGCUUUAGUGUAGGCACCACCAAAUGUGGAUAUUCCUAACCAUUUAACGUCAAGGAUUGAUAUGUUCAUAGCCAAUGAACAUCAGAGAGGUGUAUAUUUAUAUCCAAUGAACGUCAGAGAAAUGCACAUUUGUUUAUCAUUCUGUGAAAGUCGGGGAAAAGCAUAUUCAUAACUAAUGAACACCAAACCUGUUAGUGCUUAUAGCAUUGAACCACAGACCCAUGGUUAUUUACAAUACUAGAGUAUCAAUGAUGUGAAUGUUCAUACUCAAUAAACCGCAAAUAUGUGUGGCGUCGAUAACCAAAACGUCACAUACGUGGAUAUAUAGCACGGAAUUUAAACAUGCAGAUCUGAACAAGAAUGACUAAUGUACUGUAUCUUGAAAAAUAAAUGCUGACAUGAGAGAGAUGAAGAUUGUGAUAUACUAUUUUUACUUUUCGUUAUUUUUUUUUCGUGAUAAAAACAUGCAUUAAAUGUAUGAAUGAAUGGUUUGGAUUUUUAAAUUAUCAUUGCAAUCACAUGACAGCCGAUAAACCGGUACUAAUUUUUUUUAUAUUAAAACAUGUCCAUACAGUUGUUAAAGUCAUAUCAUUGUAUCAUACACGAAAUAAAGUUUUGAUGCAAAUGUU